AUGGCCAAUCCACAAACAAUUUUGGCAGCAGUCCGCCAUGCUUCCAACGCAGAUAUUCCAGGUUUACGCCAACUGUUAGGAUGGCCAGAUGCCCUGAAGCUUGAGCUCACACUACGAAUCCUCCUUACGUUUCUACCCGAAGGUACAGAGCCAGGGCUUUAUGUCGACUAUCUCCGCAACCUUUCCGAUGCCCAGUCAAAUCCUGAAGGCUACAUUACUCCAAGCUUCCCUGAGCAUCCGGUGCGGGAUAUAACAGAAGACGAGGCUCGCAUCCGGGUGCGAAGAUUACGCCUGACUCCAUUGCUGGAUCCUAAAGCCCACUACGAUCAAGAGACAGACCCUCUCACACUCUUCCUUUUACACCAAGCCCACAAGAUAGACGUAGAGACUGGCUCCCUGGAUCUUGUCUGUCAGCUCUUGGAGCCGUUCUUCAAUCACUCAGAGGUCCUACGCACAUGGAUGAUGUCGAAUCUCCUACCACUGCUACGUCUAGACUAUGAGUACUAUCCCCAGUCAGGAACCUCCCAUUCUCUGGAAGACUUCGAAAGACUCGAUGGCAGCAUUGCCGUUCAGUCACUACUUUCAAAGGCCGCCCAGCGGAAUGAUCAAAGAGAUACAAGAGAGGUUGGCAGAGACCUAAGAGGGCUGGUGGGUCCAUGGAUGUACGGGGAGACUACAAGGAAGCGUCGGAAGCUCAGCCACGGCAGGAGAAGACAAAGCUUGAUCACUGUAGUUCGUGCUACAGAAGACGAACUUCCUGCGGAAGAGGAGAUGCGGAGCAGUGAUUGGUCUCAUGUUAACGAAUGGCUCUUGAAUCUGGGGCUUCGGGACUUUCCACGAGCCGUUGAUGCCAUGACGCAGUGGGAUGGGCCUUGUGAUGUUGACUACGGAGACUGGGGCGCAGGAAUCCAGCCAGCCGAUGAGGACGAGCUACGAGUACAAACUCGGAGAUAUUCACAAGCUGGUUUGGCUGCCCUUUACGCCACAAACGACAGCUCUCUUGAGACUAUCAUUGGUUCCCACCGAGUGCUACUGCAGAUAGCAAGAUUAGUAAAACUGGAUGAGCCUCCAGAUCUUAAAAGGUCCGAUGCGCCCAUUGCCAGUGGGAUAUCCUGGGAAUAUCUGGACAGUCUUUCCCCAGCGCACCUCUUUCACAAUGCGCUUCUGCGGUCCCAAAAUCCUUUGACCUCUCCUACAGUUCCCGCUGUAUCUUUGUUCAAUCUUGUACUUGCCUCAUGCUACAAGCUGUUGAACCUUGGAAAUCUCAAAACCAGCAGAAGUGUGGCAGAACUAGCCCUCUUCGGAACCGAAGCAGACCAGGUUGCAGAGCUAAAGAAGACUCUCUACACACUGAAGGCUGAAAAGAUGGACGAGAAGCUGUGGGCCUCCAUUCGAAGGCAGAUGCUGUGGCUGCGAAAUUGGGAGCAUCAAUUGAAUAAACAAGGAGAACCUCGUGGCGUCUUCAGUAAAAUCGCGAAGAUUGACUUGGAGGUUGAGUUGUUGCGGGCGAUGUUAGAAGGGGGUUGCUACAGCCUUGCUGAGGACAUAUAUUGCAAGCAGACAAACCUACCCAUCUCCAAGGACACUGUGGAACGCACAGUCUUGAAUGCAGCAUUAUCUGCUUACGACGCUGCUAGCAACGGCAACAGAAAUAGAGGAGGUGUUCGUAAAGCAUCUGAGAUAAUCUCGACAUUUCGCAAUUACUUUCCCAGAUCGACACCAUUCACACAGACCACCGCACUUCUUUCUGCAACGCAUGACAUGUCGUUCUACUCUCUCACUCUUCAACACGGCGUUCCGUUUCAGCCAGUGAACAUACGAGCUCAUAAAGAUCCAAUGUCUUUGAUAGGCAAAAUCCUUGGUCAAAAUCCACGGAGCUAUGCGCAUCUCGAUAACCUGCAGGAAAUUGGCCAGAACCUUGUGACGGCAGGUCUUACAGACAGUGUGCAGGACUCAUCGGCGGCUUCUGAUGCCCCGAGAAAUCCACAGCAGCAGGCUCUCAUCGCAAGGCGGAGAAUUACUCGCAUGGCCAUCGAAGCUGCACUGGAGGAGGAUGACUUUGAUACAGCCUAUUCCUACGUCGUCAACCGCCUGGCGGCUGACCAGCCCAGACCGAAUACAUUGGAUUCGCUGCGGGACUCUGCGACCGUGCAAGAUGAUAUAUCGUGGCGAGCAGCGUAUACAGCAGGCCGUUAUCCAACGAGCAAUGCAGGCAACUCUACGUUACGACGUCUCGAACAACGCAUGGAGCUUCUAUCGCAAGCAUUACUUUUAGCACCACCAUCAGCUUUGUCUGAAGUCUUGACAGUAUGGCAAAAAUGCGAGCAGCAAGUGACUACGCAGAUUGCCAAAGAGACAGAACAGGAGCAGAAGUGGGAUGAGAAGGGGGACCGCAAGGUGCCUGGAGGUUUCGCUGCAGAUGCCAGUCCUAUUGCGCAGAAGGUUCGCGAUCCAAUUCGAAGUGCGCUGGUUGAAGAGGCGCCCAUGGGUUUGUUUGACAUGGCGAGGGGGGCUGCUGCUACACUCAGCAAAAGCGCUUUUCCUUUGAGCAGAUCACAGAAGACGGCGUCAUAUCCUGCAAAAGGUUCGCAUGACAGGCCAUUGAGCGGUAUCAGUGCUGGGAGCAGUGAUGAAGGCAGUGUCGGUGGGGCAGGAGGAUCGGGAAGAGUGAGGAAAAGGGACAUGGUUAGUAGCAUGGUGACUGGGGGGCUUGCGUCUGGGAUUGGAUGGGUUAUUGGAGCGCCUCCAGUGAGACAGGAGUAG